AUGGGAUCCUCAGGUUGUCAUGAGCGCGUAUUACCGGGAUCGUGUAGGAUUCCACGGAUCGUAAAACGGAGUCCCGGAUACUCCGGAAAUGCCAACCCUGGGGUUAGGGUUUUAGUAACUGCCCGAUCGUGUGAUCGUGAGCGAUCCGACCGUCCGAUCUGGACCAAACUUGCAGGACAUGUGUCCUAG